AUGAGGAGAAGCCAAGAGAAGCUGAGAAAGCUGUCAGGCCAUGGUGCAUGUCUGACCUUGAAUGAAAGAGAGGGAAGGAAGAAAGCCUGGUGGAAGCAUCUUAGACCGCAGCACAGUCCUAAAAAAAAGUUCAGCAAGGCCAGUGGGGAGUCAUCAAGCCAAAGUCAACUGAAACCCAUCAGUGAGUCCGUGCUGAGGCCAGGCAUCCCAAAACUGUCCCAGCCAAUGCUUGAGUUCAGCAAUGAUGCUGAGUACCUCUGGCCAGCAGCCGGUGAAACGACGCGCCCUGGACAUCCAUUAACGUUUAUACUACAUCUCUGCCGCACCCCCCAAAGCUUCUCCUGUUACCGCCGCCCCACGCUCCCCCACUCGCCUGCACACUGGCAAGCACACUGGGGGGAAAUUUUUGGAACAGAAGCUCCGCCCAUCCUCCGCUCUCCCGCCUGCACAAAACCGGGCUCAAAUACCCGACCUCGGGCCGCCGAACGCGAGACUCCGCCUGCAGCUGCCGCCUUUCGGAUCCACCUUAAAUCUUCAGUGGACUCAGCGCAGGGGUCAGUGGGCGCAGCCAAUGCCAAUCAAGUUUACAACCACCAGCACGGGAGGGGAAAAAAAAAGAGGAAAAAAAUAAUCUGCAAGUUCUCCAGUCCACACGCACAGUCACACGGACGCACGCACUCACAGACACGAGCACACAAAAGGAAGGAGGGGGUGGGGGGCCGGGCGCGCCAGAGAAAGGGAAGAUGUUUGCAAAAUGCUGCUCUGAGCUCGGCGCCCGUGGCCCGAGCGCUCGGGGAAGGCGCGCGGGAGGCGCGGCCCGGCGUGGGCGCCAUGAUGGUCGCCGCGGAUCGGGGCCUUUUCUGGAGGGGGAGCUGCAAUGAUGCAAUCCCCCGGCCCGCGUCCCGGCUGCACGCCCUGCUCCUGCCUUUUCUUAACGUUCCUUUAGAGGCACAUCGACGUUUCGCGCCCAGCACGCGUCGAUAUUUUUCUGUAUUUUUUUACUUUCCGAUUCCUGCGCACUCUGCGUGUGUCCCCACGCGAGACAGGCCUGGGGCACGGGUGGCCGCGCGGGACUGGAGUUUACAUUUAAACGCUCCACUUUCGGUUCCGCUGGGUCUGACGGAGGCUGACCCCACCCCGCCCCACCCUCAAGCGAGCCGAGGUCCCGAAGGUCCCCCAUCCCAGGCGGGGGCUUCUAGCGUGACCGUGGGCCCUGUUUCCCUGCCCCCUCCAUCCCCACCCACAGCUUCGCUUGCAGGAUUUUUACCUUGAUUUUGGCGCAGAG